UUUAAAAAAGCAAGAAUGGGAUCUCUAAUGGCUUCUCUCACUCUUGUAUUGGCUUUGUUGUCUCUGAGCUUGCCUUUUCAAGCAUGCGCUGACUCCUACGGCUUCCCAUACCCACACAGGCCGGUCCACCCCCGUCCUCCCAAGCACCAUCCUCCUCCUCCACCGCCAAUUUCCGUGCCACCUCCCCCGCCUCACUCUCCUCCGCCCUCUCCUUGUCCAUCGCCAAGCCCUUCAUAUACUCCUCCUCCUCCACCAACGCCUGAGUCUCCUCCGCCCCUUUCUCCAUUGCCUCCGCCUCCAGUGCACCCCACUCCUCCUCCUCCUUCCCCUACCCCAUCCCCUGUCUAUCCGCCACCCCACAGCCCCUCACCACCUCCUCCUUACUACUAUUAGAUAGCAGCUUUGCAUGCCUACCAUCUCUCACUUCACUCUAUGUUUUGGCUUCUUUUCCUAUAUUGAGAAAUUUACAGUGUCAAUUCAGUUUAUGUCGUUGUGUUUGGUGUGGCACUAUACAUUGAGAUGGUCCAUGUACUCGCUUAUGAUAAAUCAGUAUGUAUGCUUCACUGUGGUUUUCAGCCUGCUGCCUUUGCACAGGCUUUUAAAAACCAGCCUAUAAUAAUAAUAAUAUCAUAAUUUCCUCUCU